AAUGCCUAAUCAAAGAAAAAGGUCGUCGGAACGUUCGCUGUGCCCUCAAUAUGUUUUAGAGGAAGCUAGAAGACGAAUAGAAAAUGGUGAAAGCAAAAGAAAAGUAGCAUCGUCGUACGGGAUGAAAGAAAGUACUUUGCGGUAUCGCCUGAAGAGAAAAGAAGCUGCAACAAAGCUUGGUAGAUAUGAUGCAACUCUUUCUCCCGAAAUUGAACAGGAAUUUUGUAAUUAUUUGGAAGAUCUUGACAAUAUGUUUCAAGGGAUGACUCCUAAGAAUUUGAGGAUUGCUGCUUACGAGUUUGUGGUGAAAAAUAAUAUUCCUCAUCAUUUCAAUGCCGAAAAGAAAAUGGCAGGCAAACACUGGCUUCGUGGAUUUCUCAGUCGGCACCCAGAUCUUUCACUAAGACGUCCAACUUCCACAAGUAUUGCUAGGGCGAUGGGAUUUAAUAAGCCACAAUGUGAAAGGUUCUACAAAAAUCUAGCAGAAUUGAUGGACAAGUAUAAGUUUCCUCCAACUUCCAUUUAUAAUAUGGAUGAAACUGGUCUGUCUACCGUACCCAACAAUCCUCCAAGGGUCAUAUCAAAAAAAGGAAAGCGCGCUGUUAAUAAGAUUUCUAGCGCUGAAAGAGGAACGAACGUAACCGUAGUGAAUGCUAUGAGUGCAUCUGGACACUUCAUUCCUCCCGCUUUCAUAUUCGGUCGCAAAAGGAUGAAAGCAGAAUUGCUGGAUGGCGCACCACCAGCGUCUAUUGGAAUGGUCUCAGACAGAAGUUAUAUUAAUAGUGAACUUUUUUUAAACUGGCUAGGUCACUUUAAAGAUCACACAAGACCAACUAAAGAACACCCUAUCCUUCUGGUUCUUGACAAUCAUGUGUCGCAUUGUACAAUAGGGGCUGUAGACUUUUAUCGAGCGAAUAACAUAAUAGCUCUAACCAUACCUCCACACAGCAGCCACAAGAUGCAACCACUAGACAAAGGUUUUCAUACGUUUAAUAAAGCAGCUACAGUUGGUUGUGCUGCUGAAUGUUUCAAGGUGUCCGGAAUCUACCCAUACAAUCCAGAUAUCUUCACAGAUGCAGAUUUUCUUCCUAGUGCUGUGACCGAAAGAGAAAUGGAUGAUAACCAAUGUUCAGAAUCACGACAGGAGAAUCCUCAAGAAGCAACACCCCAUGAACAGAGAGAACCAGUUAUGGAUAAUGAGCCUCGUGCUUCUGUUUUCAACAAGGAGCCAAAAAAACCAUCAACUCCGAGGAACGCUUUUACAGCAAUUGAGAAUGUUUCUCUAGUAACAGAAGCUCCAGCCGAACCAGUUGAUCAGGGCUGGAAAGACGUCCUUGGACUCAAUCUCCAGAGCAACGGAGAAUUGGCAUCGAUGAAACAACAUGUAAGUCGAUAUACUGUAUGCUAA